AUGACUAUACCUCUUCCCUUCAAGCUUGCUCAACGUUUCCUUUCAGUCACUCCAAUCGGAGCUGGAACCUAUGCCAAAGUCUACAAAUGCCAAGACACUUCUCUCAAUAAUCAAUGGAUUGCUUUGCGAGUAGUUCAAUGGAUGGAAGGAGAAGAAGAAAUUAUGCAAGCUGAACUUGAAGCAUGUUCAUUUCUUCAACGGGAGGAUAUUGCUUGUGAUUAUCUCGUUCCAGUGUUGGAUGUUGUCGAUUCGAGUGAAAAUAAUUAUUUGGCCAUUGUGAUGCCUCUCUAUGAUUAUGGUGAUUUAGAACACUUUAUUGAAGAACAUUUCAUGAAAAAAGGACAAGGAAUGUCCUACUUUUUAAUUUUACAAAUCAUGAUUCAAUUAUCGAUUGCAUUGAAUGUAAUUCAUCAACAUGGUCAAUCUCAUUGCGACAUUUCUCUCAAAAAUAUAUUUGUGAAAUCCUUUGAUGAAAAGUUGCAAUUCAUUGAAGUUGUUUUGGGAGAUUUUGGAGUGGCUCUUUCUUCAGAAAAUACUCUCACCUUGUCACAAAGACGAGGAACUUUGGAAUAUCUACCACCUGAUGCAUUCAAAGAUCGAAAAUAUAGUCCAAAAACAGAUUUUUGGAGUUUAGGUGUUUUGCUUUUCAAGUUAUUAUUUCCAAGUUCAACGAACUCUGUGAGCAUUUACAAUUUAGUAGUGGAAUGUGGAAAUUAUCGUGAACGGCCUUAUCAUCACUUGUGGACAUCAUCAACCAUGUUUCAACAACAUGGAAUGACAUCUCUCACCAGCACGCAACAGCAAUGGGCGAUGACUUUGCGCAAAAUAGUGAUGGAAGCAUCUGUGAAGGAAGGAAUCACCUUUCCAGCAUUGGAUCCCGCAACCAUGUUUCAGAACUCGUUCAGUCACAGAAUGACUCAUCAUUCAAAAUCUGCUCAAAACAUCCCAAUGAACGAUACCAAAGACAAUCAUUUAUUACAGAUUCACAUCGUGUUUUGUCACAUUCUGGAUGGUUUGUUGAUAUAUAAGAGAGAUGAACGGAUGAAUACGAUCAAUGUGAUGGAAUUCUUGAGUAUGGCUGCAAGUUUUUUGUGUUAUCACCAUCAAGAGCAGCAAUUACCAUUUUUGGGUUGGAAAGAAAGUCCCAUGAAGAAGUUCUUUCUUGCCAUCCAAACCCUUCAACAUCUAUCACAUUAUGAGGACUUAUGUAUGUCUGACAUGCAUGUACUAUCAUCUACUGCAGCAAAUGAUGAGAAAAGUCUGUCUCUUCUCUCUUUUCAAACAUUCUUGAAUAAGUUUGUUCACACCAAUUUUAUUGAACGACGCUUUCAGUACAUGAUUCUACUCAUUUAUAUUGCAACUCUCUACAAAAAGGAUUGCAAAAUAUGGGAAUUUAUUUCUUUCAAUAAUGUGUCGAUGGACCUCUCUCACAUCCACAAAUACCUUACAUUGGCAGAGAAGGUUAUGAAAUCCAUGAAGAGCACCAAUGAAGGUGACACAUGUUCAGGACAUUUAUUGGAGCAAUUUAUAGCAGGUUAUUACCUUCGUAUGGGACAAUAUGAAGAAGCAUUGAAACAUUUAGAGAAAUCUCUCGCAGCAGUGCAAAAUGUAAACUCUUUAAUGAUGAAAUAUACGUGCAAGAUGAUUUUAGGUGAUAAUCAAAACACAGUCAUUGACGGAUUUACUGAUCUCAUCAAAAAAUUUGGACCUCAACCCAUGUUUCUGAUUCAACGAGCCAUUGCGUACUGUAGUUUACAAACUCGUGAAGAUGUUCAAAAAGGAAUUCAAGAUCUUCGUAUGGCACAACAAAUGUUUCCAUUCAGUUUAGCCAUUCAUUACCAUCUAGCAUCCAUCUAUUCGACAUUUGGAGAUUAUGAUCAGGUGAGACAAGUAUGUACAGAGAUGAUUGAGUUAUUUGAUAGCUAUGAUCCAGAAAAUGAUUCUGUGAAAUUUGUGGCAUGUGUACUUUGGAAAGAAUGUGGAGAAUUGGAACGUGCAUUGGAAUGUGCAGAAGCACUGGCAUCCACCUAUCAAUGUUCUGCAGUGUUCAUUCUUGUUGCACAAAUUUCCAAAUACUUGCAUAGAAAGGAACAGUGUUUGCAAUGGAUUGAAAUGGCUCUUCAAGUGGAACCUAAUUGUGCUUUGGCUCACAUGUUCAAAAUUCAAGUCUUGGAAUUAUUUGAAGCAAGUUUGACAGAAAGGUUGCAAGCUUCAAAUGUUUGGAUACAAAUUCAACAAGCGAAACGAGAAACGUAUCCACUCUUUCCUUCUUCCUUGUUGCCUUUAUUUCCCAAUGGAAGUCCACUUUCCAUUCAUCCAAUGGCAUUGUUUAAUGACAAACCAUUUCCUCCUCCACCUUCUUCUUCUCACAUGUCACACCCAACAACAACAACAACAGCAUCAGAGAAUCCAUGGUCCUCCUUUUUCUGUUCACAUCGAAAGGUUGGUCCUUUUGAAAGGACACCCUCUUGUCAUCCUUAUGCCUUCACGAUGAACAAAGAUCCUUCUUCCUUUAAUUAUAAUCCCUCGAGGAGAAGUCCAUCGCCUUUUUCAACGUACAAGGGACGUCCUAAUUCGAUGGUUGUUCAUCCAAACAUGACACACGUCCCACAACCACAGCUACAACCAUGGAUACAGUCACAAACAUGGAUGCAGCCACAUUGGAAUUAUUCAAGGAACCAUUCUUCUCUAUCACCAUAUGCACCUCUUCAACAAGGCUCUUUGAAUAACCAUGGUCUAUAUUUGCAACAUCAUGGCAACGAUGAGAGUGGUUCAACACGUUCACCCAUUACUAGUAUUACUAGUUCCACCUAUUCAUUGAAUAAUCAAUUACUACCAUCACUACCACCUCAAAUGACACAUUCGAAUCACAUGAAUCCAUCUUCCAUGUUUCAUCAUGAUGCAACAUCAACGACAACGACUUCAAACGAAAAGAUCAUUCAUCCUCCUCCUCCCAUGAACGAAUCACCAAAUACUUUAAGCAACAUCCUUCCACAACAAAAGUCUUUCUCAUUACUUCGAACAACACCCACUGAUGAGACUUCGAAAUGUGCAUCCAUAAGUCCUUCCUCCUCUUCUUCGUUGUUAUUCAUGAAUUCCAAUUCUUCUUCCUUGACAAGGAGAAUUGUGGUCAAAAAAUUCGAAUCUGCGAAGAUGAAAUAUUUUGUGGAUCUUGAAGAGAGUGACACUACUCUUGAACAUGUGCUGUUGAAGGUCAACCAGUUGCUGCAACACAAGUCCUUGGAAUUAAAUGUUGUACAUGUAGAACGUGUUUCCUUAAUGGAGGAGAGUGAUCAGAUCAUCAUUACAUCACAUACUCAACUCUAUGAGAAGAGUGUUUAUGUAGCAUUGACAAGAGAUCAACUUAUUGGCCUUGAACAAUAA